UUCCCGCUGGACCAGUGGCUCCAGCAGGUCAAGACCCAGAGAGGAAGGUGGGGGGCACUUGAAUGUAGCCCCCCCUUCUCUUUCUCCCAGCCUGGCGAUUUCUCUGCUGUCGGCUCAGGGAUUUGGGGCUGCACAGUCCAGGAUCUCCCCGCCUGGAGGAAAGCCAGCCUAGUCCCAGCUUUUCUCAGCCUCCUGGCACUACCCCUCACCCCCCUGGGUAGGGGUCCUUCAGGAAGGGUUAGGAAUUCUCCCUGAGCCAAACCUGACUGGAAGGGGGGGGUCCAACUUGUCUGCUCCCCCUUCUCCAGGGCACCUCUGAGUUGGCAAAUUGUGUCCUUUCUUUGCCUUGCUCCCCUCUGGGGGGUAUGUGGGGAGAGAAGCCUCCUGCUUGACAAGUGUCUGAGAGGGGGGUUGGUGGUCUGGGGUGCCCCUCCUGGGCAGGGGCAAGGGGAAUGCCAACUUUGGUUGGCAAAACUUUCAAGCCCCUAUUCCUUGGCUUCUUUGGUGGGGGUGCCAGUCUAGGACCUGUGCCCUGCUCCCACCCAGGCAGAAGCUGGGACAGGGCCAUGGGGCAACCCUCCCCCAUCCCAUAUUUGAGUUUCAGAAAAUGAAAAAGCCACUUGGGGCUGGGAGAGCCCUUUGUGCUGCCUGGGAUCUGGUGGGGAUGCUGCUGCUUGCUGGAGCUGGUGGGCGUGUGGAAGGAGUGGGCUGGGGCACGUGGGGGACGGGUCCUCCUUGUCUGCUCUGCCAGCCGGCCCUCCCAGCCACCCUGACCCCACACUGCCUCCAGCCCCAGGGAGGCUCGGGAGAGCAGCACUUGUCCCUAGGCUGUCGCUGCUCCGGGGCUCUGUUUGUUUCUUGGGCUGACACGCUGUACUCCGAAUCUCAGGGUUCCAGGACAUUGGACAAGGUGAUCAGGCCCGUCUGGCUCCCACUGCCUCCCGUGCAGGUGGAACACCAGCUUGCCUUGGACCUGGCCCUUCUUACCAGCUGCUCCCCCUGUCCUGACCUGUCCUGGGGGUCAGCAGUGAGAGUCUGGGUCCAAGGCCUAGAGACCUGGCCCCGUGGGCCUGGCAGGCUGCACGCUGGGGUCACCAGAGUGGGCACUGGGGCUGUUCCCCCAGCCUCCGGCUCCCAGGGACCAGGGAGAAGGCUGCUGAGACUUCCCCCCGGAGCAGGCUGGGCAGCGCGGCAGGAGGAGUGGGCCAGCCACGUACCGGCCAAAGUGGCGGAGAAUCAGGUGUGUGGUGUCCGAGCCCUUGCCCACCCUCGUGGUGACUCAGCUGCCAGGGCCUCAGCCUUCCGUGGCUACUGGAAUUCCCAGUAGCCUUCCACGAGCCUCGGGAUCCACGAGCCUCGGGAAGUCCCACGUGCUCCCUCCGUGCUCCCUCCAGGUGGCUCUCCUUCCCCCUCCUCCUCCACCCCUUCCCCUCUGCCCCACCCCCAGAGGGAGCUGGGACCUCCCUUGUCCUCCCCACCCUCCUGUGUCCUCACCCCUGGGCAUUCCCGAAGCACUGAGCCUCAGGAGGGCUGGGCUGCACCUUGGGUCCCCGCCGGUCCCUGCUGCUACUUCCCCCCUGUCUCCCCCAGGUGGGCCCAGCUGGAUCCUUCCCAGGGACCUGCUCCCAGCACCCAGAGAAGCCCAAUAAACCUUCGUGAAAUGA